ACACAUGAGUGCUACACUUGAAGACUCUUCUGGUCAAUCUGCUGCGAAACCAUGGCAAAGUGGAGUGUCACUUCUUUAGUGGCACUAGCACUGCUAGGCUGUGUGGUUGGAACAGAUGUAGAGGAGGCUCAGGACUUUACGUGGCGGAGGCCUGCAACAUCGAAGGGAGCUACACCUCCGCAGACACCAAAGAUUCCUAAGCGUCCUGAACCGCCACAAGUUCUUCCGCCUCAAUAUCCUAAAACGCCAAAGGUCAAACCAGGUCCAGCACCAACGUAUCCUCAAAAUCCUCAAGCAUACCAUGAUCAGUCUCCCCAGCAGCCAAAGGUCAUUCUACCAAAGCCACCACCACUUCCUGCCCAGAGUUGUGAGGUGGCACAAAACAUGAGAGUCCCAUGUGGACGUCGUGAUAUCUCUCCUAGUGAAUGUGAAGCCAUAAAUUGCUGCUGUGAUGGCCAACAGUGCUACUUUGGAAAGGCAGUGACUGUCCAGUGCACCAAGGAUGCCCAAUUCAUUGUUGUAGUAGCCAAAGAUGCCACUCUGCCCAACUUAGACCUUGAGACAGUCUCACUGUUGGGGGGAGGUCAAGGCUGUACACAUGUUGACUCUAAUUCAGGCUUUGCCAUCUACCACUUUCCUGUUACUGCCUGUGGCUCCAUUGUUAUGGAGGAAUCUGGUGUUAUAAUCUAUGAGAACAGGAUGACAUCCUCGUAUGAGGUAUUAAUUAGUGAGCUUGGAGGCAUUACCAGGGACAGCCACUAUGAGUUGCUCUUCCAGUGCAGGUACAUCGGCACUUCUGUUGAAGCUCUGGUUGUACAGGUAUUCCCAAUAGAUAAUCCUCCUCUAUCAGUUGCUGCUCCAGGACCUGUCAAAGUGCAACUGAGGUUGGCUAACGGGCAAUGCCAUACAAAGGGUUGUAAUGAAGUGGAUGUAGCCUAUAGCUCUUUCUAUACGGAGGCAGACUACCCUGUGCUCAAAGUGCUGAGGGACCCUGUGUAUGUGGAGGUUCAACUCCUUGAAAAGACAGAUCCACUCCUUGUCUUAACUCUUGGUCGCUGUUGGGCAAAUACAAGCCCCUACCCUCACAAUCUGCCCCAGUGGGACAUUCUGAUAGACGGGUGUCCAUACAGAGAUGAUCGCUACUUAUCCUCAGUGGUUCCUGUUGAUUUCUCCUCUGGCUUGGACUUCCCAAGUCACUACAGGCGUUUCCUUUUCAAAAUGUUUACCUUUGUGGAAACUGAUUCAAUGGACCCUCAGACUCAGCAGAUAUACAUUCACUGUAAUACAGCUAUAUGCGCUGCUGCACCGGGCCGCAACUGUGAUCCAUCAUGCCUCAGAAAAAAGAGAGAUGUCGAGGCUGUGGACCAGAGGACGACUGAGCCAAAGGUUGUGGUUUCUGUUGGACCUGUGGUCAUGAGCGCCCCUGAGCAGUCACCACCAAAGACUGUCUUACUCAAGAACUUGGCUGGGAACAUUUAGUAAAACACCUGUAGUAUUAACAUAGUUCAGUUACUUGUAAAUGAAAUCAAACAGACAUACUGUAAGCUGUAAUGUAUGUCAAACAACUGAAGAGCCAAAAGUGUGCUGCUGAAAGAAGGAAAUGAAUCCCCAAAGUUAUGUUGUCAAAUUCGUAUUAAAAAAUAUUGGCAUUGA